CGUAGUAUUAGCUCAGUCUAAGUGGGCAAAGUGCAAUGGAAAACUCGCGGCGCUUCCGCCGAGGCGCACGGAAAGUUAAGGAAGAGCUGUCCUUUGAGUUGGUCGACAUCAAAACGGAGCCGGACAACGCUAGCAGCAGGAGCAGCAGCAGUGAUGAAAAUAUGUUCAAUUCUAAUACUGACAUGGGCAGCAUUGCGGGUAAAGUCAAACGGCGAUACACUAGGACGCGGGCCGUUCAAGUGAAACCGGAGGAUAUCGACGAUAAUGUUGCCACGAGAGUGAAUGUGCCAUCGAUUGCGGGUGAAAACGAACCGAUCGAUCCGGUUUACGGUGAGACUGUCGUUCCACAAUGUCGAUUCUGUUUGAGGAGAGUUGCACGAAGUAAUCUGAAAAUAAUCCUUACAAAACAUAAAUCCAAGGCGCUUGCAGCGUUUAGAAUCAAGAUCUUCCCGGGCGACGCGUACCCGUUAGCAUGCUGUAACUGUUUAAACUUGUUGGAUAUUAUGUUGGAUUUCAAGGAAGCAGUAGCGAAAGCGAAAAAUUUGUUGCUGGGUGAGAGAAUGUACUUGGAAAGUGAAGGAUGGGAUGAUUCCGAUUGCGUGGAAGCUAUUGCUAAAUGCCGGACCGUAGUGGAGCAGCACAAAAAUCAGGUUGAUUGCAUCUAUCAAGAGUUUUCGAAAAGACGAAGUGCUGCUGAUUCGAAGAAAGAUAAUUCUACUGAAAAUGUCGAACUAUCACAAAUGACAUCUACAAAUCUGGUAGAUGAUGUUCAUCAAAUAGUUUCUGCAGUAAUUGAUGCGGGAGAAACCAGUGAGUGUAUGGAUUCCAUUAAGGCAGAAGUUUUUUCUAGUGAACCUAUUACUACCCUCAUAAGUAAUAGUCAACCAGAACCGGAAUCUGAAAUGGAUUUUCUACUAGACGGUGAUGUUUCGAGAUUUUCGUCAUCAUCAGAUUCUGAGAACGAAGAUUAUAUAACUCAAAAGAAAACCAAGAAAAGAAGCAAGCGAAGGAACGAUGAUUUUGAAAAGCCGGUGAAAGCACCAAGAAAAAAUAGGAAAUCGAAAAACAAUGAAUCUUUGAGCCCCAAACCGAAAAGAACGCGGAAGUCUUCGAAGGAAAAGGCUACGCCGUCGGCAUCCAGCAAAGAACACGAUCCCCGCCAAGAGCUGUGCGACCUCUGCGGACAGCGGGUGUGUCCCCAAGCAGCCGAAUCGCACAAAAAUCGCCAUUUAGGCAUAAAACCGUACUCGUGCCCUGCCGAAGGAUGUGAACUAACAUUCUACAGCAGGGUCAACCAAAUAUCGCAUGUGAAAAGAAUUCACAGUGAAAACGGCGUGCCAACGUACAAAUGUGAUAUCUGUGGCCGAAAUAUUCGGGGUGCCAUCAAGGUGAUCAACUACCACAAGCGCAAGCAUAUGCACACCAAGUCGCACAUUUGCCAAUUUUGCGGGAAAGGAUUCACGAUGCGCCAGUAUCUGAAGCAACAUGUCACCGUUGUGCAUACGGAAGUGUUUCCCCACGAGUGCAAAUAUUGCGGGAAAAAAUUUAAGCUGAAGUGGAGUAUGCUGGCGCACGAAAAAAAUGUUCACGAAAAGAAGAACCACACAACCGUGGCGGUAGAACAGCAAAUUCCAACAUGUGAUGUGCCGCCACAAGGCCCCGGAUUUGAAUAUGUUUAA